CGUCAACAUCGACGCGCCGCGGGCCGAAGAACGCUCGCGAGCACCUCGCGGUAACACCUCAUUCCAGCUCGAGCCCUCUCUCGCCGUACAAUUACCCGAUCUAAGAUUUCACUAGCGCAUAUGGGGGCAAAUUGUAACAGUGGCUUCCUCCCAGCGGUUACUGCGGCGACUCCUAGUUUUAGAUCGAUUCUCUCUCGGUGUACGUACAGACACCCUCGCCCUCGCCCUCGCCCUCUCGCCCACUUCUUCCACCCCUUAGCGAGUGUUCACCCGCAACAACCUCGCCCCACAACCGCCUCCCUCUUCCGAUUGCGACUGACGACCGUUCUGCCUCCUCGUACGAGUAUAUCCCCCAACGAUCUCUUCCCAGUGGCUGUACCCAGUUCCCGAGUUCGCCAGGUCGUCCCAGACGGUGCUGCCUGCAUCCCUCGUCGACGCCACCCGCGCGAUGACGCUCCGAGCGAGCCACCCUUGCUCCGUCGAUACCGACCCUUCUCUCCAACCGGCUUUAUUCCGCAAAUCGAGUUACUCCGACCGUCUCUCCGAUCUAUACAGUUCCUUCCAGCAUUCGAUUCAUCUCCCGAUACGACGACACGCGUCUCUCUUCCACCACUCGGACAAAAACGAAUACGACCCUUUCGCACCCAUAAAUUCCACGAUCUUAUAAAAUCCGAUACAUUCGUUCCCGUGCUUCUGGAAUGCUUCGAACGCCUCUUGCGAAUUACUUUCAUGUCCAAGCAACUGCAAUACAUGUACAGACAAACGCUUGCAUUACCGAAGAAAUUCGUUGAACCAAGUCGAAUAAAAUUCCAAGUAUUAGUCAUCGUCCCUUUGAAAUCAGCUGCGUCCAUCACCUUGACAACCGCGUAAACGCGCAACCAUAAAAACAGGCGAACGACCCUCGAACGUUCAGUAGGAAUUCGCGCUCCGCACCGGCCGCACUCGUUAUUACCGAGUUCCACGAUGAUAAAUAUCGCGCAUCCGAAGAUCCGCGGGAAGCCGCCUGUGAAGAAGCCGCCGCCGCCGCCGCGAAGCACGGAAGGAAUACAGGAAAUCAAGAGCGUCGACGAUGAUUCAAAGAAAAUCGAAAGAGCGGACUGCAAUCAGAACGUCGUCGAAUCGACCACCUGCUCGUUCGAGGAACUCUGUACCAUGAUCACCGAUCUGGAGAGAGAUAUCGUCGGGCAGCUACCGGAAAUGCAGCUGCAACCGGAGAGGGACGAUUCGAAAGAGGAGCGGGCCGCGAACGGAACGACUUACGAAGAUAUAAUGUCGUUUCUAGCGAAACUCGAAGACGGUUCUUUGGAUGAGACGAACGUAAACGUCCCGGAAGUGGACGCGACGAUACUCGGAGAGAUAUUCGACGGCUCGUUGCCUCGCAUUAAUUACGAUAGCGUCGAAAGGGUCGUUCCUCGUGCGUUCGAGGAGGACUUGGCCACCGCUCGGCUGCAACUCGAGGAAAAGAACGCGACCGUGUCGCUACUCAGAGAGAAACUCAAUUCUGAGAGGAAAUUGUUCUACGAGAAAGUGGAAGCGCAGAAGAAGAAGAACUCCUCGAAGUUCCAACAGCAGGAAGAGAAGUACAAGAGUAUCGUGAAGAGACAUCAGAGCUUCAUCGAGCAGCUGAUCUCUGAGAAGAGCGAGCUGACCGAGAAAUGUAACUCGCUGGUACAAAGGGUGAAAGAGAUCGAGAUAAAAAUGCAACGGGAUUUGAAGGUGGCGGACGAUAGAUACGCGGUGGAAUUGCAGAGGGCCAAGGAGCACUUCGCCGCGGCGGAGAAGAUCAAACGGGAACGAUGGAUCGAAGCCAGGACCACGAGAAUCAAGGAAAUGACGGUGAAGGGCCUGGAACCGGAACUGCGUAAUAUGAUGGAACAGCACGCGGAGGAAGUGCAAAGACUGAGGAACGCGCACGUGAAAGAGCUGCAGGACGCGGAACUGAGGAUCGUACGUCGCUCGAAUCAACAAUUGGAACAAUUGCGUAUAGAGUUGACCGCGAGUCACGAGAGGAUGUUGACUAACGAGAAGAGUAUUUUAUGGGCCAGGUAUCAAGAGAAAUUGGAGGAGCAGGAGAAUCAGUUUAAAGCGCAGCAAGCGAAGCUUGUCGACGAAUUGCAGCUCGACAGGGAGAAGUUCGGGAAGGAACAGGCUAAACGUGACGCCGAGACGGAAGCUCUUCUGCAAAGAAUGCGGCUGCAGUAUCAACAAGAAAUAGAUGCACUGAGGCAACAGCAUUCGCACGAGAAGAAUACUCUCCAGGAGUCGUUGAAAACGGAAUGGGAGGCUUGGUUGGCGGACUACAAGCGACAGCAGAACUUGAGGAUCGAACAGAUGGAGAACAAGAUAAGAGACGAUUGCAACAGAGAGAGGGAUCGACAGAUCGAACUCGCUAUCGAACGGUUGGAGAAGGACUCCCGAAACGCCAAGCUCGCGUUGCAGCAGAACUUCGACUGCAAGCUCAGAUCUCUUCGCGAGAAGUACGAAAUAGAAUUGCAAACUGCGAUGGAAAAUGAACAGAUUCACAAAGCCAAAUGGACGCAUACGAAGGACAAGCUGGAGAGGACGUUGACCGAGUUGCAGCAAACGGAGAACAAAAUUCAGGAAUGCACGUCUGAAUUGAGUAAAACGAACGAAGUAAGAUUUUCUGAUAUACAAUUGCCAAUCGAUCGAUGGCUAGACGGAUCAUUUCUUCAGGCGGUGAAACAACUGACUGCCGAGCGAGAUAACGCGAAGAGAAUAGCGAGACAAGAGAUCGAAGGAGAGAAGAGAGAAUUGGAAGAGAAGAUCGGUUCCCUUUAUCAGGAAAUAACUCGUAUCAACGUGAACAGGGACGUUUCGCUGGCUCAGUUACGCAGCAGAAUUAAACUAAUAAUGACGCAAAAGAUUUUGGCCAUCAAAAAUCUAACGAAAGAACUGAACGACGCGAAGCUGAGAUGCGAACAUUUGGAGAAGUUGUUGGACCAACAACGAAGGGAGUACGUUUUAAAAGACAUAUGAAGGUAC